AUGGUAUUUAUGACGUGGUUUGAGAUCCUUGAUGGGCAGAUUGACCCAGACUGGAGGACUAAAGAUUGGCCUAUGAUGUCGACAACUGCAAUCCCUGUAUUAUUAGCUGUAAUAUAUAUUAUUUUUGUCAAAUUUGUUGGUCCAAACUAUAUGGCAAAUAAAAAGCCUUACAUCCUUCGAAAAGUUUUAGCAAUCUACAACACGGCACAAAUAUUAGCUUGUAUAUAUCUUACUGUGGAGUAUUUCAAAACAAAACCAAAAAUGGGGUGUGAUCCACUAGAUGUGUCUGAUGAUCCAACAGCAUUAUACGCAGCAAAAUUAGUAUGGUGGACGACAAUUUUAAAAUUAUCUGAAUUCAUUGAGACUGUUUUCUUUGUACUUCGAAAAAAACAAAACCAAGUUUCUGCACUUCACAUAUACCAUCACAUAACAACUUUUUUUUUUGUAUGGAUUGCCACAAGAAUAAACCCAGGUGGUAUUGUACGGAUACCUGUUAUGUUAAACAACACAGUUCACAUGGUUAUGUACUCAUAUUACUUAUUAUCAUCUAUGGGUCCAGGAAUACAAAAUAAAAUUAACAGUUACAAAAAGUACAUUACUAUCAUACAAAUGGUACAAUUUUGUAUUUUGAUCGUUAACUCAAUAUUUUAUUUGACUCCUAGCUGCCAAGUACCUAAUAUUUACGGAUUGAUAUUCAUACCUAAUGUUUUUAUUGUAUUUUAUAUGUUUUACGACUUUUACCGAACAUCAUAUAUUAAAAAAAAACCUGUAGACCGUCGCAAUAGUACGAGUAUAAAAAUUAGCAAUAAUAGUAAUAACAACAAUAUUAAGAUUAAAGGAAAACUUUAA